AGAAUCUGCCUCUGCAGGAAAUGAAUGUCGACAAAGCGGAACCUGGGAAAGGGAAGAAGUAUGAAUCAUCACCGGCUGAACAGUCAUCUCAAAACCAAAAGUUAGACCACUCAACAAAUGACAGCAAGUCUACGAGUGCAGCAGAGACAGUUUCACACAAGCGCGAUACUUCAAGUAAUUCCAAGAAGUCACCUACGAAGGGCGAGGAACUCCGAAGCCAGACUGCAAAUGAAACGACUGUCAUGGAGAAAGGCCGUGUUUCAAGUCAAGCAGCCCCAAACUUAUCGGAUAAAGGAAAAGGAAAAGAAUUGACCAAAACUGUUAAAAAUCCAGAAAGAAGCAAAGGAGCAGAACCAACCAAAACUGUUAAAAAUCCAGACAAAGGCAGAGGAGCAGAAACUCCAACCAAAACUACUAAAAAUCCAGACAAAGGCAAAGGAGCAGAACCUCCUAAGAAAUCUGUUAAAAAUCCAGAAAAAGGAAGAGGACCAGACAUGAGCCAAUAA